GGGGCGUCUGCACUCCAUGGUAACGACGCUCGGCCCAAGAUGGCGGCCGAGGGGGCCGGGGAAGCGGAUUACUCCGCGACAGGCCCCAGCCGGAGGCGGUGGCGGUGGCGCUGGCACGGUUCCUUGUGGGUCCGGGGCGUCUUGCUCGUGCUGGGCGGGCUUCCGGCCGGCGCCACAGCCGUUCCCGUCUCCUUGGGCGGUUCGCCUCCGUGCCGGCACCACGUCCCUUCGGACGGCGAGGUCAUAAAUAAAGUUCAUCUUAAGACAAAUCACGUUGUAAAGAGAGAUGCUGAGGAACACUUAAGAAUCAAGACUGUGUAUGACAAAAGUAUUGAAGAGUUGCUCCCUGAGAAAAGAUAUCUUGUAAAGAACAAACUUUUCCCACAAGCUAUUUCUUAUUUAGAGAAGACUUUUCAGGUUCGUAGACCUGCUGGCACUAUCUUACUUAGCAGGCAAUGUGCAACGAACAAGUACGUACGGAAAGAAAAUGACCCUCAUAUAUACUGUUCCGGGGAAUGUGCAGUACACACAAAAUGUGGCCCAGUUAUAGUACCUGAAAAACACCUCCAGCAAUGCAGGGUUUGCCGAGAGGGUAAGUGGUCCUGUGGAGCUGUGGGUGUGCUAGACCAAGAGGGCGUUCCAGAUGCAGACUUUGUUCUUUAUGUUGGUGCUCUGGCCACUGAAAGAUGCAGCCAUGAAAACAUCAUCUCUUACGCAGCCUAUUGUCAGCAGGAAGCAAAAAUGGACAGGCCUAUAGCAGGAUAUGCUAACCUGUGUCCAAAUAUGAUCUCUACCCAGCCUCAGGAGUUUAUUGGGAUGCUGUCUACAGUGAAACAUGAAAUCAUUCAUGCCCUGGGUUUCUCUGCUGGGCUUUUUGCUUUCUACCAUGAUAAAGAUGGAAAUCCUCUAACCUCAAGGUUUGCAAAUGGUCUCCCACUUUUUAAUGAUAGUCUUGGAUUAUAUCAGUGGAGUGAUAAAGUAGUUCGAAAAGUGGAGAGAUCAUGGAAUGUUCGCGAUAAUAGGAUAGUACAUCACACUGUGUAUCUCCUUGUAACGCCUCGUGUUGUUGAUGAAGCACGAAAACAUUUCAAUUGUCCAGUUCUGGAAGGAAUGGAACUUGAAAAUCAAGGUGGAAUGGGCACUGAACUCAACCAUUGGGAAAAACGGUUAUUGGAGAAUGAAGCAAUGACUGGGUCUCACACACAGAACCGAGUCUUGUCUCGAAUCACUCUGGCAUUAAUGGAGGAUACUGGUUGGUACAAAGCAAAUUACAGCAUGGCUGAGAAGUUAGACUGGGGCCGAGGAAUGGGCUGUGACUUUGUCUGGAAGAGUUGUAAAUUCUGGAUUGAUCAGCAGAGGCAAAAGAGGCAGAUGCUGAGCCCUUACUGUGACACCCUUAGGAGCAAUCCAUUGCAAUUAACUUGCAGGCAGGACCAGAGAGCAGUUGCUGUCUGUAAUCUGCAGAAGUUUCCUAAACCUCUGCCACCAGAUUACCAGUACUUUGAUGAACUCAGUGGAAUACCUGCAGAAGAUUUGCCUUAUUAUGGUGGGUCAGUAGAAAUUGCUGACUACUGCCCUUUCAGUCAAGAAUUCAGUUGGCAUUUAAGUGGUGAAUAUCAGCGCAGCUCAGACUGUCGAAUAUUGGAGAAUCAACCAGAAAAUUUUAAAAACUAUGGUGCAGAGAAGUAUGGACCUCAUUCAGUUUGUCUACUUCAGAAAUCAGCGUUUGUCAUGGAGAAGUGUGAGAGGAAGCUGAGCUACCCAGACUGGGGAAGUGGAUGUUAUCAGGUUUCUUGUUCUCCUCAAGGUCUGAAGGUUUGGGUCCAAGAUACUUCAUAUCUGUGCAGCCGUGCUGGGCAGGUCCUCCCCAUCCGGGUUCAAAUGAAUGGCUGGAUUCACAAUGGGAACCUACUCUGCCCUUCAUGCUGGGACUUCUGUGAGCAGUGUCCACCAGAGACUGAUCCCCCAGCUGCUAACCUGACUCGAGCUCUUCCUCUAGAUCUCUGUUCCUGUUCCUCUAGCCUAGUGGUCACCCUCUGGCUUCUGCUAGGAAAUCUGUUUCCUCUGCUGGCUGGAUUUCUUCUGUGUGUAUGGCACUAGGAAUGUAGAAGUGAUGCUGCUUUAUGUCAUGUUCCUGUGAACACAGCACAACUCUGAGUGAAUGCCAACCUAUACAGAUGGUGGUAAAGGCAUUCCUGACUCUGGCUUGGAUGUGCUGACCACACUCCAACUUGAAGCAGUGUUCCAGGCAACCACUCGUCAGCUACACAGUCGACUCGGAGCUCGGAGAAAAGGAGUCACAAGUCACCAAGUCCCUUUAUUUUUCAGGAUUUAUAAUCUCCUAGAAGUUCUCCUUUGAAUACAGGACAGCUAGUGGAUUUUCAGAAUGACACAUACCUCAGCAUUUUCAUUGAGAGACAGUGAUGGGGAAGUUCAUCAACACUGCAAUAACUUGAAUAGCAGCUCAUUGUUAAAAGAUUUUAAGUUGUGAAGCCGGGCGUGGUGGCGCACGCUGAAGGCAGAGAUAGGAUUGCUGUGAGUUCCAGGCCAGCCUGAGACUACAUAGUGAAUUCCAGUUCAACCUGAGUUAGAGUGACACCCUACCUCAAAAAACCAAAAAGGAGAAAAAAAGAUUUUAAGUUGUGGAUUCCAUCCUCAAAAGUACAGAAAAUAGAAGCUCGGUGUGGAGGCACACGCCUUUAAUCCCAGUACUUGGGAGGAAGAGGUAGGAGGAUCACUGUGAGUUCCAGGCCUGCCUGAUACUACAUAGUGAAUUCCAGGUCAGCCUGGGCUAGAGUGAGACCCUACCACAAAAAAAGCACAGAAAAUAAUAAUUGAGACUUCAGAUUUUUGCAUCACCAUUAUGCUUAUAUUGAAUUAAGUGGCUGUUGAUGACAUACUAGUCAUUAUUCUGAAAACUUGAAGAAUUUUCAGGAAACUAUUGCUGAAUCUUAUGAUUUAAUCAUGCCUACUCCCCCUUGCCCCCCAGGUAGAGUUUCACUCUGGCCCAGGCUGACCAGGAAUUCACUAUGUAGUCUCUAGGGGGCCUCAAACUCAUGGUCAUCUUCCGACCUCUGCCACCUGAGUGCUGGGAUUAAAAGCAGGUGCCACUACACCUGGCUCAUGCUUACCUAUUUUUUGCCAGCCAUGUGGCAGUUUACUACUGAACUGUGGACAGCGUGUUAUUGCUCCUCUCUACUCACGCAUCUUCAUCUCAGCUCAACUACCGCUUAUUUUCCUCAUCAAUUUACUCAUAACUUAAAAAUACGGAACUAGAGAGAGUAAAAUACACUUGAAGACAUUACAAACAGAAAAACAAAAUUGUAUGUUUUUCAGGUUAGUUUCGUUUUGUUUUGUUUUUCCAGGUAGGGUCUCAAAGUAGCCCAGGCUGAUGUAGAAUUCACUCUGUAGUGUCAAGAU